AUGGUGGUUUUCUCUUCCAGGGGUGGCAACUCUGUCCCUGUGGCCCCUAAGGGCUCAGCCCCUAGUCCCAUAAUUAACGGCUAUAGUGAAUGGAAAGGGAGGCGUGAGAACUGUGGCGAGGGAGGGGAUGAUAAAGGAAGUAGAGGCACGUUUGAUGAUGGCAAAGGGGCGUAUAAGGGCGGUAAGGGCAAGGGAUCCUGCCGGGAAGAUUUGAACCUGGGUGAUGGUCAUCCGGAGGAGAGGACCCGUGGUAAUGCGACGGAUCUCCUACCUAUGUUCCAAGACCAGGGCACCUCCUCGCAUGGUAAGGCUUCGGGCCAGCGACAAGCUCAGGCGUGCGCUCCCUAUACACAAGGUAUAGGAAAAGAGCUGUUGGCUGGUAAAGGCCUGGCACUGGAUCAACAGCCCAGUCUGGAACAUCUAAAACAGGAGUGGACCAUGCUCCAGCAUAAGCUGGAACAGCAAAGGAACGAAGGGCGAGAUUUGAUGCUGAAUGCUGUUGUUGGUCCGGAGGAAGGGUUGACCAGGGAGCGACAUGUGGAGGGUGAUAGUCCGCAGCAGCAGCAGCAACCGGAAGGGUAUGAGGAUACCUACCCCGACCAGUACCCUAGAGGGCAGCCUGAGGGUCGUGGGUAUCAAGGGGAUGUUCGGUCGCCUCUUACUGGGCAUGUUGGCAUGGCCUCUCUGCGGGGGGUCAUGCAGCAUCCUGAUGGUCAAGGGUAUGGACAAGAGCAAGGUCAGGUGGCGCAGCAGGCUCCUCCGCAGGAGCCAAGGUCUCUAAUAAUAGGAUAUGAACAUAUGGUGGGGGCGGGUAUGAAUCGAGGGCAAGAGCAGCCGGUAGGCCGGUCCAAGGUAGCAGAGAGCAGGCUCACUAUGCAGGGGAAUAUCAACAACAACAACAACAACAACAACAACAAUCUCAAAUUGAUAAUGAUGUCCACAUGGUUCCCUAUGUUGGCUAUGAUGGCCACUCGAGAGGGCAGGCAGGGGCACUUUGGGAGGAUUCCGAGUGGAGAUCUCAACGUGGUGGUGGUGGUCUGCGUGCCUCGAGAAGGGAAGACUUUGGACCUGACCCUUGUCGAACCCUCAGUCAAUUUGAGGAAGAUGCGCGAUAAUGAGUCGAGGCAGCAGCAUGAUGGGGCGUACUACUACUCUGAGGACUUGGUUGAUGACCCCACGAGGAGGGAGCCCCACUGGGUCGAGUCCCGCCGCUGGAGUGACCGUGACCGCCUUCCAGCUGAGUCUCGCUACGAUACGCAACGCCCUGGGGAUGGGUCCGUACGGUGGGCCCAUGAAGGGCGGACCUAUCGAGAUGACAUCCAGCAAGUGCGGGAGAGUCGGGAUAGAUUCACCAAGUCAAGAUCAGCUCCGUGGUAUGUUCGACCUGUCUUGGGCCAUCGAGAAAUGCCCAAGUUCUGGUUCGAGGCUACUGAACGGAGGAUUGUGUUCCUGGAUGAUGCCGAGCAGGUGGUCUCAAUCCCCUUUGACCUUCCAAUAGAGAAUCCGUACAGGGGCCUAACGAAGGGGGAUGUUGGAAAGAUGUCCGUGAAGGAGCUCAGGGCGUUGAGGGCCGAGCGGCAGCAGGAACGUCUACGGUUGGACGAGAGUCGACAAGAGAUGCUCUGGGGCCUCGAGGGCCUCGAUCGCCCUGCCCCUUGGAGGUCCGCACAGGAUGACUUAAUUAGUUUCGAUAGGAAGUCAGCGAGCUCGUCUGACCAUGGUCAGAGGUAUAAUGCAACAACGCCGGUUCUCACGCCAGAUGAUCGAGACAUGCUUCCUGGACCACCCAGUCCGCCAAGGUCGAUGGGACCUCCCCUGAUGGACUCUGUAUCGUCUCUAUGCAGUCCUCAUGUGGAAGCCUUGCGGAGUAUCCAACAAUGGGAAGAUGACCGCCAGGCCGACUCUGUACCGGAUGGCUGCUGCCCGAUGUGUCAUGCCAAGUUCCCAGAUGAGGGUAGGACUAUCUGUUCACAAGUGCGAGACGUAGCCGAACUAGAUUCGUUACAGCAGCAUGCGGAGAAUUGCAAUGAUCAGUGCCCGGAGAGGACGGAGGGACCAGGAUCGAGGCCAGGGGUGGGCCAUCCAGUGAUGGUCAAGAGCUCCUACACUCCAGAUCUUGGAGAGCAUGACAAUCAGCUGUCCGUGGGGGUCGGUGAUGAGGUCCUACUCACGGAGCUGGACGAGGAUAACUGCGGUUGGACUCUGGUGAAUAAGGACGGCAUCGUGGGUUGGGUCCCGACCGCCGUGUUGGACCUCGAACCUCCACGACGACUACGACCAAUAUUGCAGUGGUAUGUGCGGGGAAUACAGUUUAUUGUGGGCGGCAAGGAGGAGAGGGAACUCGACAGUUACCAGAAGGAGCAGAGUCGUCAGCUUAUUCGUCGGGCAGAGGAGACGGCCUGUGCCAUAGCCUCCAACGGGGGACAGCAAAAUGAUGAGGUCCUCGAGAGGAUUAGAGGCAUGGUUUUGAGAAUUCCGAAUACUCUGGCCAUGUUGACGGUAGACUGGGAGAAUCCCUUUUACAUCGCCAACUCUCUAUUGGCUGUUGUACGAGGGUACAUCCAGGGGAAGUUUGGUCAGUACGAGGGUAUUAGGGAUGUCAAGAAGAGCCUCAAAAAUACGAGGGCGUUCCAUCGCUUCAUCGAGGGCUGUGGUGUCCUCAAGCGAUGGUAUGCUAUAGACUUGCGACUCUGGACGAUAGUCCUGCAUGCGUAUGGUGAUAGAAUGGUUACUAACAUAAAGAUAACAGUACAGGAGGAGGCCUCUGCUCUGGCGGCAGAUUACUCCCCUGAGGUGCUGAAGGAGAAGACUCCGAUACAUGAGAGAAUCAAAAUGGUUCUCAAGUCAGACCAGAACGAGGUGUCAUCAUCGAGCCAGUCUAAUCUCGAUGGCGACUCCUUUGUGAAGGUCAUCAAUGAGCUCGGUGCCUGGUGCAUUGUGCCUGAGAUCGAUUUUGUGCAUCGUUUUGGUAAGAAGGGGGACUCUUGGAGCCGUUUGAGGACUUCGUUGAUGCCACUUCUGAAGCGGGUGGAGCACGGCUCAGCUUUUCAGAAGCGCUGUGUCCUAUACCUGAUUAAACAACAUAUGUUUGAACACAAUAGCAGGAAGAAGGGAGCAGUGAGUGGUAAGGAUAGGAGUAAUGCUAUAGAGCCCUCGCAGAAGGAUGUGGAACAAGCAUGCAUUGCGUUCAACUUCGACAUUACGGAGAUGUCGAGUCCUGAUGAUCCCUCGGAGUUCCGUACGGACGAUGUUGACCAGUUUUAUUCCAAGUUGCGGAGAGGGUGGAUGCUGGACAUGAUCGCCUCCUUCAACAUGACGGCUGAUGACAUCAUAGACUUCUUCGGUGACGAUGAGAAGCUACUACGGGGGGCAUUUAAUAAGUACGGCCAUAUGGGGGAUGCGGCGUCGCAAGCUCAGCUGCUCCUGGCAAACUCAGAGCUGCGUCGUGCCGUGGGGAGGGAUGUUGGCGAGAAUCCUGCACUUGAGUACUACCUCUCCAUUAUGAAGUACGGCUGUGGAGAUCCAGGUAACUAUCAGGACGUGUUCGGCCCAUUGAGUGAGGAGUGUGAUGAGACCAAUGACAAGUACUUCUGGCUUCCUAUGUACAUCGAUCCUCCAGGAGUAGACAUGGAUGAUCUGUCCUCUCCCGAUGCCUAUGCUGUGCAUAUGAUCGAGAGCAUCCACAGGCUCAGGGAGUUGGAGGAAAUUCUCACCACAUUCCAACCUGGAGAGUCACCAUACCGUUCUAUCGCUUUUGAUGUGUUCUUCCGCUGUGACAUCUCCCUCUUCCUGGAGCGACCGGCGCCGGCUAUUAUAGGGAUUGCUACUUCAACGAAAGUGUUUUUGAUAAUGGUGAAUCGUAUCAUCAGUACAGAUCAGUCCUUCAACGGCUCAGAGGGUCCGAAGGCUAUAAGGCAGUUCCUCACCUCGGUUCUCUGUCAUCCAAAUAUCCUCAAAGUUGUUUACGGCAUUAACGCGGCUAACUACGCGAAGUUGGUCGUACUCCAGCAUGUUUUGGUGGAGGAGAAAUUCAGCGAUGAUGUGCGGGAGGACGGUGUGGUCAUCCAGCCUCUCUUUGACGUCAGUGCUGGCUACCCAAAUCCUCUGCAUGUGGAAGUACGGGAGAAUCUCGCCGGAAUACGAUUGUGCGUGGCUGAAGAGAUGAGUAAUUGGGAUAGGCGACCAUUCCUGCGGUACUCUCAGCUGCACUAUGCGGCCUCUAGGCUUUGGCUAAUCUAUAUGCUGUACUUGACCGUACCGUGUGAUAAGGUUGAGAAGAAGUACAUUCAACAGAUCGAUACGGCGGAGGUGUAUGUAUCAGGAUGCGAUUCUCGUGGAUAUAGCCGUAAUAGUCCGAGUUUGACGACACCAGCGGACCUGGAUGAUGGUGUUACUGUAGCAAGCUGGAUGGCUCAUCACAAUGAGGAGCUACGACAGUGCAGGAAGAGGUACGACAGUAUGCGUGGUGAACGUAUCCGAGAGAACAGACAGAGGUGGGAGGAAGAUGAGAAAAUACUGCGAGGAGAGGACUACUUGGAUGCCACGGCGGUUGGUGACGAAGCCACCUGUCCGAGCUCCUCUCGGUACUCUUAUACAUCUGACUUGAGCGCAAGCGUGACAGAGGAGAGUGGGCCGAGGGCCGAUCUGCGCAGAAGCAGACGGUCGAAUGUUCGGGGGCAGCAGCGUGUCAGGUACAGUGAGGCAUUGAAACGACAGAUGGCCGUAGAGCGAUCAGUCCAGCCGGUGAUUCGACAUCCUGACGCAACGCCGUGGGGAAGCCCAGAGACGGCUCAGUGCAAAGCUGGAAACUCUGAGGGAGUCGCAUUCAUGCGUGCUGUUUUUACCUAUUCUAAGUGCCUUGCCAAGGAGUAA